UGAGUCCCCCACCUGGCUACGUCCCGGCAUUGUUUGUGCUUCUCCAAACUACACUCCUUCCCUCGCCGCAAAAGUUUUAUUUUGAAAGCCGUACCCGGAAGCGAAGCGAGGUGCUUACCGCUCUUGGUCACGUGGUGCUGCAAGGCUGAUGGAGGCUGAGCAGGGAGGAAGGAGGCGAGCCCCUCAGCUUCCGCGUCAGCAUCCCUUCAAAUAGCCGCUGUCACUUGUUCGCUGCAAGCACAGAGACCGACAACUGCGGGCCACAAAAAAAGGGCUCCAAAUCAGAUGUUUGUGUGUUAACAUAGCAGCUGUCAUCUUCCGUGGUGAACACAAUCACGAUGAGCGUUGAGAGUCGAUAAAGGAGGUUUGGAGCCCGGCCAGGAAGCAUAGCGAUGUUCAAGGCGCCUCGUCCCGGGAGAAGUCAUCCCAGAAGCUGGCUGCGAGAUACGGAGAUGCUCCUCUGAAGCACCGGCAGGUCGAGUUUUCCUGAGCAGAACGUUUGUGUGACGGAGUUGGAGCUGAGAGUGGAAGUGAGUGGGUGUAAGAGUGAUCGUGUGUCAUGGCUGACAGCGAAGGGACAAACCUCGAGGACCCUCCCUAUAAAAACCUGCUGCUCUUGGGGGCCAUCGCAGCAGCGUCGGCCUUUGUGGUCACCAUCCUCAUCGUCCUCGUCUGCGUGGGCUGCCAGAGAAAAAGCAAGAGCAAGCAUCCUACAGCUGGGGAGAAAGGCACAUCUGUAAAUAUGCAGGGUACCCUUCGACAUCCCAAACUGAAUUCCAUGAGCAAAUCAGACACCAGGCUGCAUGAGAUCAACCGCUUUCCCUGCAACGGAAGCUCAGUUAGUAAGAGCCGCCCGGCUAGCAUGGACCUCCUGCUCCUCCACAGUCGACGCUCCCAGACGGACCUGAGGCCUUCCCAGGGGCGUCAGCUUCCGCAGAUCCCCACCAGCCCACUGGGAUCCGGCCAAGGGGGAGAAAGGGACGUCAGAGGAGGAGGGGAGGCCAGAGACCACACUUACACUGAGGUGGGCCUGCGAAAUAAUCCGACGCCAACGCACGGCUUGGACGACGGCCUGUACGAAAGCGUCAGUGUCCGGGAAGGGGAUGCUGGCCCCAAAGCGCCUGUGGCGCCACCACCAACAUCAACGAACACUCCAACUUCAGUCAGGGUCGCACAAAGCCCACCUGCUCAGGCCAACGGAGCCCGCAAUGGCAAUGGAAAUGGUGGCAGAGGGAAUGGCACCAUUAACGAAACAAUGGUAGGGAAAAAUAACGUGGUGAGCGGGGUCAACGGGUCCCCCCUGUCCUCAGUCAACUCUCUGGCAAGCCAAGAACCUACUGCAGCUGAGUAUGCUUCAAUUCGCAAGUUCAGAAAGGUUGACAAGACAAACAGGAAGGAAAAUAACGGCGCCGACAGCCAGUCAGACAAAUCGAGCGUGAGCGACUCACCCUCGGCUGCUGCUCCGCAACUACAUCGCAGUCAGGAUUUUCCACGCAAACCCCUGGAGCCGUUUCACCUGCACUCUUUCCCAAAGGAACCGGUGUUCAUGGGCAAUGGUGAGCAGUACAUCUGGAAGCCACCGGAAGAUGACGAUAUCAUCACAUUGCACCCGCCGCCCCACCGCAUUGAGAACGGACAGGGGCACCCGUCGCCCCCCACUGCCAAGGAGAUUGCCGACACCUACUCCAUUGUGUGCAAAUCCCAGAAGAAAAAGUCUCCAUUGGAGAGCAAUGGAGCGAAGACCCUUCCGCGCUCCUUUGGUGGGGAAAGAGGAAAGGGCCGAGGCCGAGGGGUCCAGGCCCAGGCGCGUUCCCAGGAGGAGCCGUGUUACGAGCCGACAGGUGACAGGGCCUGGCCCGCGUGCGUGGCAGCAGAGUCCGACACUGCGUACGCUACCAUUGACAGCCAUCGUAAGCGUGAGCAGGCCGGCGCCAGUAAUAGCACGGCCGGCGCUACCGCCACCCUCAAGCGGAAGAAACAACAGGCGCCAUCAGCUGCACCUCAGGGCUCCGCAUCCAACCCCCUGCCUGUUCGAGGUCUGCCUGGGGGAGAGAACUUCUAUGAGACCAUCAGUGAUGUGAAAGGGGGCAACAGCUCCAGCACCACCACCAUCUUCACAUUUAAUGAUGGAAUGGAGAUGUAUGUCACCGGCCUGUAGCUGGCAGACAUGCAGAGCCGUCACAAAAGAGAUCAUAACAGGGACAGUCCUGUUCACUUGCCACACUCGUUGCUGUACAUACUUCGAGGUACUAUGACUUCUCCAGACAAACAAAGUGAUGAGCAAAUUUGUGUUGACAUCAGGUACAAACAGGGUUUUAAUCCAGGUUCAGACUUUUCCUACAUCAGUCUGUAGUUUUGAACCAGCCUCGACCCUAAAAGGACCAACAUGUUUUAUCAAAAAGAAAUGGAGAGGACAACUGGAAUAUUCAUCUUCAAAAUACUGUACAAUUGACUUUACUCAUCUUUGCGCGCAUCAUUUUCCAUAAUAUCUUUAUUUUUGUACAAAUGGUCUUUAUUUGACAUGUGGUGUAACUUAAAAUUUGAGCACAUUUGAAAUGACUAUCAGCAAAGAAAAUGUAAAUGCAUGAUUUGUGCAAAGCACAGAGAGCAGUGGUAAUGAUGCUAUCUAUAUUAGGAAAAGGAGGCCACAGUGCAAGCCGUUACGCACACGCACACACACACACACACACACACACACACACACACACACACACACACACACACACACACACACACACACCUACUUGGGAGCACAUUUAUGUAAUCUAAGCGGAUGGAUGUCAGAGAUUUUUGGAGCUCAGCUCAACCUAAGCAAACAUCUGAAAUAGGUUUCUUGUGCACACUGACCUGUUGCCUGGCAGGGAGGGUUGUGGUGUUUUGUACAAACAAAGGCCGGCAGGUCAUUUGUCGGGCUGCUCAACCUCAAAUGUGAGCCAAGACUAGUGAAGGCGUUUAUUUCACACACCACCAUCAAUGUGCCCUAAACUCAUUGGCGGUGAUCAAAAGUGGCCCUCUUGGUUUCUCUUCUGUGUUUUGUUUGGUUCACAACGUAAUCCUCAAGGUAGUUAUGACGUCAGUUCGCAAUUCAUGCUCAGAUUUGACAAAUAUCUAUCUGUAGCCUGAGGCUGGAUGACACACCUCUCUCUCUCUCUCUCUCUCUCUCUCUCUCUCUCUCUCUCUCUCUCUCUCUCUCUCUC